AUGGCUAUUUUAGCGACGUGUAAAUUCCUUCUUAACGGUAGUGAUGGAAGAGUUGGAUUAAUAACAAAUAUACGAAUAUUAUGCUGGACUAAGUUAAGGCAUUCCGUUUUAAUGUCAACUCAAGUGCAAAUAUUCAGUUGUGUCCAACAGCAAUCUUAUUAUUGGUUCAUUAAUUUAAGCAAUCGAGAAUUAGCAAGCAAGGCAGCGGAUAUCAUUUAUGGGCUUAAUAGUAUAUUUGAUGUACUGGACAAACAAUAUCAGGAAACUGUUAAACAUAAUCAUCAACAGAAAUCGAUAGCCAUUCAUCUAAUGACAAACUAUGAAACAGUGCAACUAAAUUGCAGUGAAGAUUCUGAGAUUAAACGCUUACAUCAUGCAAUUGCUGAAAACCAGGCUUCAUCGUGGAGGAUGACAUUUACUGCUUUCUGGACUCAUUCAAUACAAAGUUUGUUGGCGGUAUUAGGAUUUUUCUGCGGCGGCAUAGCGACAAUUAAACUGAUUCUAUUGACACAACUGACGGUUGGUGAUUUAGUCUUGUUUAUUAUCUAUUUGGAAGUCAUAUAUUCCUGUGUUAGAACAUUAAUUUCAAAUUCCAGUUAUGGCCAAAUCCAGGAUAUUAAUAGGUUGUUUACAAUUUUACAAGAUCUCCUGAAGGUGGGGUCACCAACGAGUGGUAAAGAUGCGAUUUUAAAGUUGAUUUAUGGCUGGCACCCUUUACACCAAGGAAAAAUUACGGUCCUAGGAAGGAAUAUCCAAUUGGUAAACUGGAAGUCUUUGCGAAGGAAUAUAGGCUAUAUACCAAAGGAACCGAAACUCAUUCAAGGCACUAUAAAACACAACGUCAGUUAUGGGUGUUCUAAUAAAUCUGAAGGAGAAAUUAUCCGAGCCUGCGAGCUAGUCGGUAUACAUGAAAAACUAAUAUCACUGCCAGAAGGUUAUGACACCCUAAUUGGUAUAGAUGAGUUAAGAUUUAGAGUUGAAGAUAGAGUUAAAAUUGCCAUUGCUAGAGUUAUUUUGAAAGAUCCGGAAAUUGUUCUGAUCGAAGAUCUCUCAGAGACAAUAUUGAAUCUCGAUGAUAAAUCUUGGGAUACUAUAAUUCAACCUUUAUGUACGCUCUUCAAUGAAAGGACUGUCGUCAUAAGUACUAAUAGAUUGGAAUUCAUUCAGAAAUGCGAUAAUAUUGUGGUUAUAAAAGACGGUAAAACGAUAGACGAAGGAAGAAGUUAUCACAACAAUAGAUGGCUCACUACUCAAAUCAAGGGUAGAACUAGCUUCUAG